UCCUUUCUUUCAGAGAGAAGCCAGGGAUAUUAGCAGAACCUUCUGUCUCCAAACUGUGGCUGGUCCAUAAAUCAGACAGAGCAGCUAAUAACUACAAUUAAGCCUGAUCCAACUCUUAAAAACAGAUAUAGAACAAUGGCAGUGACAACCAGAUUGACAUGGAAUGAGGAAAAACGUCUGCAAAAGCUGCUUGGAAAUGUUUCCUUGAGUCUUCUUUAUCAGUCUAGUGUCCAUGGAUGUAGCAUUAAAGACAUGCUUGCUAGGUGCAGUUGUCAGGGAUCCACUAUAACAGUGAUUUACUUGGGGGACAAUAUUUUUGGAGCCUUUUUACUUGAGCAUUAUCCAAAAACAGUUCAAAGUGUUAGAAAGCAAAAUUCUUCCUUCUUUUUUUCAUUGCAAAAUAAUAAAACAACUGCAUUUUUAAAUACAUCACUGAAAAUUACUGAUGAAGAACUGGCAUUUCAUUCCUCUAAUCAUGAGGAAUGGUUCUUCUCUUUAGUUCCAAAGAAACACAAGCUGUGGCUACUUCAUUCGUUAGGAAAAGAAUUAGCAAUGAAUAGUUAUCAUGACUAUUCAUACAGGGAAUGUGAAGUCUUUCGAGUUGAAGGAAUUAAGAAUGAGGCCAACUAUGUUAGCAGGAUAACAGGAGCCACAGAGUACAGAAAUAUGCUCCUAGAACACCUCAGAGCCUACAAACCCUGUGUGGACUUGGUUCCAGAAAUUCGUAUUCUUCUGCUGGGUCCAGUUGGGUCUGGAAAGUCCAGUUUUUUCAAUUCAGUGAAGUCUAUUUUCCAAGGCCAUGUGACUCGCCAAGCCACAGUGGGGUCUGAUAUCACCAGCAUUACUGAAAUGUACAGAAUAUAUUCUAUUAAAGAUGGAAAAGAGGGCAAAUCUCUGCCAUUUAUGAUAUGUGAUUCCAUGGGGCUGGAUGAGAAAGACGGAGUAGGAUUGUGUAUGGGUGACAUACCCCAUAUCUUAAAAGGCUGCAUGCCAGACAGAUAUCAGUUUAAUCCACAUCAACCAAUUACAUCCAGACAUUCUGACUUCAUCAUUUCUCCAUCACUGAAGGACAGGAUUCACUGUGUGGCUUAUGUCUUAGAUAUCAACUCGAUCAAUGAUCUGUCCUCCAAAAUGGUGGUAAAGUUCAAACAAGUUCAAAAAGAAGUAUUAAACUGUGGUACAGCACAAGUAGUCUUGCUUACUAAAGUGAAUAAUUACCAUGAUGUUCUUCAAGACAACUUUUUAAACAUGAAAAAAUCUAUUACUUCUCAAAGCCAGGUAAUCAAUGUCCACAAAAUGCUAAACAUUCCUAUUUCUAAUAUCUUGAUGGUUGAAAAUUAUGCUUCAGUGUGGGAGCAGGACCCUGUAAAAGACAUUCUGAUCCUCUCUGUGCUGAGGCAGAUGUUACGAGCUGCAGAUAAUUCUUUAGAGGACUUGCCUCUUUCGGAAACAGGUGAAAUUUUGGGACAGUCCGAGCUCUGCAUGUGAGAUCAGUUGCGAUUCUGCCAGUUGGCCCAAACCUGAAUCAGCAUGCCUCAAUUAGAGUCAAUCUCUGCUGACAGCCUCCUUGAGACUCUGCUUUCAUUCAUGUUUUACUUUCAGUCCCUAAGAGCAUCUAAUUGACGGUUACUUCUAAGAUCAGUUAUACCUCAAGCCCAAAGGCCAACCCUGAGCAGUGGUGGGCUAAGAUAUGCCCUACCACAAACCACCCUUCAUAUUUCUGCACGAUUUACAAUUUAAUUUCUGUGGCACCUUCCAAACCUCCCCAGCAAAAUUCACUAUUUUCUUAUCUAGUAAUCUAUAGCACUUAAUUUAAAACUCUAUGUGAGUAGAAAUCAUAUUGAAUAAUAAUUAUAAAAUGAUUACAUAAAUAUCUGCAUCCCUAUAUAGACUGAAUUCUUCAAGAGGUCGGGUUUGGAUUUUACUUACCUUUGUAUUCACAGAACUUAACACAGUGUCUGGCAGGGAGCAAGCAUACCUGUCAUUAUGCAUUCCUCCCAACCUUCCCAGAGGAAUAACAUGUACUUAAAAAUUUUAUCCUUAUAAAAGGGAAGACUGGGAAAGAAUGGAAUGCUGGAGAGAAGAAAUGGAAAUAAAGAAGGGAGAAUGUUACACUUAUCUCUGCAUAAAAGUAUGAAUUUAAGUUAAUUAAAAAGCGCAAAUAUUUCUUAAGGACUUAGAUCGUAUUUCUGUAAAAAAAAUAAAUUUUAUUCCUCUAAUAAACUCAUGCCUGAUUUUCAUUAAUUGAAUUCCAAACCAUCCUAGC